GACAGAAGUGUAGCUGGCAGUGCUGACAGGCUUUCAGUUGAUGUUGUUGCUCCUGGGCCGCAGGGUUCCGCUGUCAUUCGUACACAGACUCACUUACCUGCUGUUCAUCCUCACUGUCGACUGUUCUGCUCAGCUCUGUACUAAUAAAACUAAUAACUAGAGUAACACACAGCACCGUCUUCGUUAGCGCAACCGGCCAAAAUACAGGAACCAUGCCCGAAAGGAGGCCCUUCGUACGGUUACCGACUGACGUGUACCCCGUCAACUACGGCUUAUGUCUGAAGCCCGACCUCAUCGACUUCACUUUCGAGGGCAAACUGGAGGCGCUGGUGGAGGUGACACAAGCCACAAAUCAGAUUGUGAUGAACUGUGCCGACAUCGACAUAAUCACAGCUUCCUUUGCACCACAGGGAGGAGAAGAAAUUAAUGCGACAGGAUUCAACUAUCAAAAUGAGGAUGAAAAAGUCACCCUGUCAUUUCCUAGUGCUUUACAGAAAGGCUCCGGCACGUUGAAGAUAGACUUCGUUGGGGAGUUGAACGACAAAAUGAAGGGAUUCUAUAGAAGUAAAUAUACAACCUCUGCUGGAGAGAUCCGCUACGCUGCUGUCACACAGUUUGAGGCCACAGAUGCUCGCAGAGCUUUCCCCUGUUGGGAUGAGCCAGCUAUCAAAGCCACCUUUGACAUCGCUCUGAUAGUUCCCAAGGACCGGGUAGCCUUGUCAAAUAUGAAUGUCAUUGAUCGAAAGCCAUAUCCAGAGGAUGAAAAUCUUGUGGAAGUGAAAUUUGCCACCACACCCAUCAUGUCCACGUACCUUGUAGCUUUUGUCAUCGGUGAAUAUGAUUUUGUGGAGAGCCAAUCAUCAGACGGUAUAACAGUGCGCGUCUACACACCUGUCGGGAGGGCAGAACAAGGGAAAUUUGCACUGGAGGUUGCGACUAAGACCUUACCUUUCUAUAAAGACUACUUCAAUGUUCCUUAUCCAUUGCCUAAAAUUGAUCUCAUAGCUAUUGCUGAUUUUGCUGCUGGUGCCAUGGAAAACUGGGGCCUUGUUACCUACAGGGAGACAGCUCUUCUCAUCGACCCCAAGAACUCCUGCUCGUCCUCCAGGCAGUGGGUGGCACUGGUGGUCGGACACGAACUCGCCCACCAGUGGUUUGGGAACUUGGUCACCAUGGAAUGGUGGACCCAUCUGUGGCUUAAUGAGGGAUUUGCGUCCUGGAUCGAGUAUCUGUGUGUGGAUCACUGCUUCCCAGAGUACGACAUCUGGACCCAGUUCGUCUCAGCAGACUACACCCGAGCUCUGGACCUGGACGCACUGGACAGCAGCCAUCCUAUAGAGGUGAACGUGGGCCAUCCAUCAGAGGUCGAUGAAAUCUUUGACGCCAUCUCUUACAGCAAAGGAGCAUCUGUGAUCCGCAUGUUGCACAACUAUAUAGGAGACGAGGAUUUCAGGAAAGGAAUGAACGCCUAUCUUUUGAAGUUCCAACAUAAAAAUGCUUCAACAGAGGACCUAUGGGACUGUCUGGAACAGGCCAGUGGGAAACCCAUCGCUGCAGUGAUGGGCUCGUGGACCAAGCAGAUGGGCUUCCCUAUAAUAGAAGUAGAGCAGGAACAGCAAGGUGACGAUCGCAUCCUGAAGAUGUCUCAGAAGAAGUUCUGUGCCAGUGGACCGCACAACGGUGAGGAUUGCCCCAGCUGGAUGGUCCCCAUUAGCAUUUGUACCAGCGAUGACCCAAAAUGCACUAAGCUCAAGGUUCUGCUGGACAGACUGGAGACCACCAUCACCCUCAGCGGCAUCGGGCCCGACCAGUGGGUCAAGAUCAACCCCGGCACCGUGGGUUUCUAUCGUAUCCAGUACAGCUCGUCCAUGCUGGAGAGUCUGCUGCCGGGCGUCAGAGACCUCAACCUGCAGCCUGUGGACCGACUCGGCCUGCAGAACGACCUCUUCUCCCUGUCUCGUGCAGGUAUGAUCAGCACUGUGGAGGUGCUGAAGCUGAUGGAGGCGUUUGUCAACGAGCCAAACUACACAGUGUGGAGCGACCUCAGCUGCAACCUGGGAGUUUUGUCCUCGCUACUGUCCCACACCGACUUCCACGAGGAGAUCCAAGAGUUCAUCAGAGACCUCUUCACCCCUAUCGGCUUGGAGCUCGGCUGGGACAGCAAACCAGGGGAAGGUCACCUGGACGCCCUGCUCAGAGGGCUGGUUCUGGGGAAGUUGGGGAAAGCCGGACACAAACCCACACUUGAGGAAGCCAGAAGGAGAUUCAGGGACCAUGUCGAUGGCAAACAGGUCCUGCCUGCAGACCUCAGGAGCCCGGUAUAUUUAACAGUGCUGAAGCAUGGAGACAGUGCCACAUUGGACACAAUGCUAAAGCUCCACAAACAGGCCGACAUGCAGGAGGAAAAAAACCGUAUCGAGCGAGUGCUUGGCGCCAUCUCUGCCCCUGAUCUCAUCCAGAAAGUCCUCACCUUCGCCCUCUCGGAAGAAGUUCGUCCGCAGGACACAGUGUCAGUAAUCGGGGGCGUGGCAGGCAGCAGUAAACAAGGCCGGAAAGCCGCCUGGAAGUUUGUAAAAGACAACUGGGAGGAGCUUUACAACCGCUACCAGGGUGGCUUCCUCAUAUCACGACUCAUCAAGCUCACAGUUGACGGAUUUGCUAUCGAUAAAAUGGCUGCUGAAGUGAAGAGUUUCUUUGAGAGUCACCCAGCGCCAGCAGCUGAGCGUACGGUGCAGCAGUGCUGUGAGAACAUCCUCCUCAAUGCAGCCUGGCUGAAACGCGACGCAGAAGACAUCAACCAGUAUCUACUGCAGCGCAAAGCUCCCCCCGUCUGAGCCGCCACCACCCCCUGCUCCGCCUCCUCCAGCCCCAUCCCCCCUCCCUCGAGCGCGGACCUCCCAGCAUCAUAGCUGCCUCGGCCACCCCUCUCAAUAAGGAGCAAGGCGGGAGACCAGAGCGUACUUUACAGCAGGCUUCAUUUCUCUAAAGAAACUGUCAGAAAGAAGGAUGGCAAAGCCAAGAAUUUAACAAAGUGUUGGAAACACAAAGAGACUCUUUGUAUGUUAACCAAGCAGAUCCAUUUUAGUCUGACCAGGAAUGUAGUUUUAGCCCCACUCUGCCCUAAAGUAAUGUUUCAUCUCAGAACAUCCCGUCUCUCGCCAACUCUGCUAAUGCACUCUUCAUCACCUGCCCUGUAUGCACUCCCUCAUCCAUCUCUGCUCUGUUGCUGAGAGAAAUGUGUAUCUUCUCCAUCCUCCCUUUUUUUUUUUCCUGCUGCCCAAAUUUAAAAUGCAUGAAGUGGGAUUUUUUUCUGCAUUGGCUGCUUUGUUGACUUCUGUUUGUUUUCUGUACAAACAAUUUGUUAUUUUUUUUUAAAUUCAUUUUCCCAUCCUCGCUCUCAUUAAGGGUUCACACCUCCUUUUUCUUCUCUUUUGGGCGUCGUGAUUGGGUGAAAGCAGAAGGCCUCAGGGCAGAAUGGGGUUAAAACAGUAGUGUGUGUGUCGUAGUUUCCAACAGCACUGAUUCUCCAUUUGCUAAUAAACGGUUAGGACGAAGCGAGCAGAGCUAGCAUGGUACUACAUUGUAAACUGUAAAAUGCAAGCAUUUUUUUUGCAGACAAUGUUUCUUUUAAACAAAUUAAACAAAAAAGUUAAUGGUUACCCGUUUCCACCACAGAGCCCCACCACCACCACACACACACACACACAAAGAGCUCUGUUCAGAGUUGAAUCAACAUAUUUAAACUCCCCUGUUUUCUUUCUCACUGAAAUGAAGAUAUCAGCGUGUUUUAUAAGACAUCAGAUGCAGUGAUUUAUUUAAAUGUUGAGAUAAUCUUAUAUUCUGAGGGAAGAAGAAAAAAAAAAAAGAUCAACACUACUUUUUGGGGCCUUUUUAUCUGAAGUUACAUCAGGAAACGCCUCUCAAUUAGGGUGGAGGCCCAGUCCAGUUGACUUUUUGUGGACGUGACAGAUCGACGUGACAGCGCUGUCAAACCUCGGAAGCCUUAAAUCGGUCAACUGGUUUGCAGUUCAUAUUUAAACACUGAAGUGGUGAUAGUGACUUCCACAUACCGUCAAAUGUAUCUAAUGUGACAGAUUAUGCAGACUUGUUGAACGAGUAUAUCUAUUAUAGAAUUUACAAUUUGAUGUGGUUUUUGAAAAUAUACCGACCAAGUCAUCCAACCUGUUGUCAAGACUCUCCCCCCCCCCCCCCCUCCCAUCCUGGAACAUUUGUUGUUGUUUUUUUUCUUUUUCUGUUUUUUGUUUUGUUUUGUUUAAACUACAGUUGGUGUCCAUUAAAGUGAUAAAGGAUUAUAAAAAAAAACAAUGAUGUGAAAUUAGUACCAGUUGAUUUUGAUGACUGAGGUGUGAGUGUGCAUGUCUGGAAACAGAUUUGUAAUUUAUUUUGUAUGAUUUCUCAGGCGAGGAAAUGAUCAUACCGGAUUACAAAUGGUUAAAGCAGCACUGAAACUGAUGAAUGUGUAAAUAUAAAUAUAACAGCUGAGUUAAACCUAAUGAGAAUAAAAAAUGGUGACAGAUUGACUAAGAUGAUUUCAGAAGGAAAGUUUAAAUGUCUACACUUUUUUUGCUUUCAUAAAGUGUCUGUAGAAAACCUUCAGGCAGCGUUUGGCGGCUUGAUUUUUGUGUCGACCAUGCUGAGACGUUUUCUUGUCUUUUUCUAAUGAAUCUGAAUUUAGUUCAACAUGUUGGAUGUUUUUGUGCUUCUUAAUGAGCUGUCGAGCAGGACAGCUUGACUUCAGUGAUGCCAAGGCAAUCGUAAAUAUGCUGUCCAAUAAAGUAACACUUGAUGAUACA